AUGGUAAAUUUCAAUGUUGCUGCUACGCCGACGAAUAUUAAUGAGAAGUUAUAUCGUGAUGAUGGUUCUGAAAUUGCAAAUGCGACUUAUUUUAGAAAUCUGGUUGGUAGUUUGAACUACUUGUCUAAUACAAGACAACACAUUUCUUUUUGUGUUGACAUCAUAUCGAGAUUUCUGCACAAUCCGGGUAAGCUUCAUCUUGGAGCUGCAAAAAAACAACUGGGAUAUCUUGCAGCUUAUCAAGAAGUUUCGUUAAGAAGACUUGUUGCUGAUUUUAAUCAGAAACCAACUGGUGCAAGGUCAUCAACAUCAUUAGAAGGAUCAUCGACUUUCAUGAUGAACAAUUCAGAGUUGCGAUCACUUGAUAAGCCAAGAUUAAUAAAUCUUGCUCUGGAUGCCUCGGAUGAGCUGCAUAGGCUGGCUAGGAGUGGAGAACCUCUCUGGUAUAGAAGUGUGGAUGGAGAUGGGGAAAUGUUGAAUGUUAAGGAAUAUGAUAGCUCUUUUAUACUAAUUAUUGGUAUGAAACCUGGACAUUUCACAACAGAAGCUACCUGA